AUGUAUACUGAUACUGUCACUGAGCACCCUUACGCUUCUGAGCUGUCGCAUAUCAAAACUACCAUUGACUUUCCAACAAGCAUGGAUGCGACUCAGAAAAAAAACCGCAGAGCAGAUUCACCACUGGAAAGCGAAUUGCCUCUACAACAAAACGUGGCGCUUUUGCAAGCAGCUCGUGAGCGGCUCGUUCUGACGGAGGCCUACCCAGUCCCUUCUCCAAUCAAGGAUGACGAGCUGAUUGCCGCUUCAAUUGGUGUGGCAUAUGUGGCUGCCGCACUCGCUCUGGGCGUCAGUCUCGGACUGAGACUGUCUGGUAUACUUGAUCAAGACGAAGUCGAUCUCUGGGAGGCAGUCCGUCAACUGCCUUCCGGCGCAAUUCCUAUCGACGUCGUGGACGAGUGUUUGUCCGGGAUCGAAAGCGCAGAACGUCCUCAGCCUGGUGACUGGAUUGCCAUAUACGGUGGCUCAUCCACGAGCGCGCUAUUCAUCUCAGAGAUCGCCAGAUUGGCAGGACUCAGAGUCAUACUCCUGGCUGAUGGCGUGAAGCACGGUGGACGACUGGGUGACCGAGAAGGAAGCGUUCUAGUUGACAGCCAUGAUUCCACGAGAGCGAUAAAGAUCGUUCGAUCGAUUACAAAAGGAAAACUCAGGUUUGCGGUUGAUACUGUCGGCAAAGAGACAGCGGGAUACUUGGUACAGAUGUUGCAAGCAGACGCACCAGGAGGAAAGAGAGCUCAUCUCGUGGGGCUAACUGGCGUACCAAAAGAGUCGACCGAUGGAGUGAUGUUCCAUUCCGUAGUGAUCAAGCUUUUCCACGAGGUUCCGUCUAUCGGUCUCGCUUUGAUGAACUGGUUGGAAAGAGCUUUGGAGACUGAAGCAGUUGCACUUCCAGAGGUUGAGCAUAUGGAAGGAGGUUUGAGCGUUCUCAACGCUGCAUUGGACAGAAUGCGGCACGGCGAGAUUUCAGGUCGCUGUUUGGUGGUCUCUUUGUAG